CAGGGAGCAAAUAAUUUUUCAACAAACGGAGUAUAAUGUUGAGCAAAUUGCUGGAAAACAGUGCGUUUCUAAUAUUUACUUUCACAUAACUUAAAGAUGAACACGCUAUCUUUCUGUUUAAAUCUUUAAAGCUUGAGUCAUUAUUGAAUGAGGGUACUGUCAUGGAUUUUUUUUUUCACUUAAAGACCCUUUGAUCAGGCAAAUGCGUAUAGAUAUAUUGGUGUACAGGGAUGAAGCUUGUAGGGGUUACAUUUUUUGGAAAGACACUUUCUAGGCAUCUUUUGUUGGUUGUCUGUUAUCCUCAGACGUAGGUAGCUUUAGUUUCCUUUUUUCCCCCUGUUUUCAUGGUUCUAGUAUCCUCAGUGUUUUAUUAUCUCUAUUCUUGGUCCUAGCAUUUUAGAGAAAGUCAAUCCAAAAGUCAGUAAAGGUAAGUGAAUUUUUUUUUUUAUAAAUUAUUGCACUUCUUAAACACUAUAGGUUGGAUGAUGUUCUUCAUACUAGUUAAGUUGUCCUGCCGCGGGCUCACAGCUUUUUGUUGUUUAAAAUUUGUUCUUCAAUAUUUAUUUUUGAUAGGCCUUUCAAAUGCUAAUAUGAAUAGGUGCUUCUCUUUGUUGCAUAUUAUUGUUUGCUUUUGUAUUAGUAAACUCCAUAAACAAUAUAAGGCUUUUGACUGAAACUUGUGCUUGUGAAGUUCACUGAUGAAAAUAGACAAAGACAACACGUGUGGCAAACAUCUUGGGCAAUAAGCACAAGGUUUGUUGGUGGUAUUAUCAUGACCCAUGGAGAUGAUGCUGGCCUGAUGCUUCCUCCAAAAAUUGCACCAAUACAGAUAUAACCAACUGAUGAUAUCUUUUUAUGUUGUCCAUCAUACACUACCUGGUGGUAAUUGUACCUAUUUGGAAGAAGGUUGAGGAGAAAACAGGUGUUCUAAAUGCUGCAUUAUCUGUUGCAGAAAUUCUAAAAACUGCUGGACGUAAAGUUAAACUUGACGAUGCAGAUCAGAGGACAACCAGGUGGAAGUUCAAUUUCUGGGAGAUGAAGGGAGUACCUCUGAGUAUUGAAAUUGGUCCCCGUGAUGUUUCAAGUGGGAGUGUGGUCAUGUCGAGAAGAGAUGUUCAUGGGGAGCAAGGGAAAGUUUUUGGAAUAUCUAUGGAACCUUCAAUAUUGGAAGCUUAUGUCAAAGACUGGUUGGAUGAGAUCCAAUCAUCUCUUCUUCAGAAGGCAAUAUCUUUUCGGGACAGUAACAUUGUGGAUGUGAGCUCUUAUGAAGAACUCAAGGAAGCAAUAUCCUUGGGCAAAUGGGCUAGGGGUCCUUGGUCAGCUAGCAAUACUGAUGAAUUAAGAGUAAAAGAGGAAACAGGGGCAAUGAUUUGCUGUUUCCUUUCGAACAGCCCCAGCGGAUAAAAACAUGCUUGAUGACAGGCAACCCUGCUAAGGAAGUUAUCAUUUUUGCAAAGUGUUAUUACGUCUUUAGUUGAUUUUCAAGCUCGCAGACUAUCUAGUUUUGCGGUUAGAUGUCAUAAAUUUUUUGCAGCUUUUUAUUCCCUCUUUCUCACCUAUAUAAAAAGCAGCUUUGUAGUUUGGUCAUGUUCUUGCCCCACUUUGAGGGGAUCUAGGACAACAAUUUAUAGUUAUGGUCUGAUGUGGCGAUAUUCUUUUAUAUAGGUGACAUUGAUAUGUAUUUUUUUAUUAAGUUGCUGUGUUUUUAUAAAUACAGGUUCUUCAUGAACAUGGCUAAUCUUGGCAUAACUUGAUUAUUGUAAGUAGCCAGAUAGAUUGAGAUCUUUCCUAAGCCACCUACACACACCUGCACCUGCACAUGCACAUGCACAUGCACAUGCACACAUGCAGGCAUAGAAAUUUCCGCUUUUGUUUUUGGUUAGUGUCUUUUUUCGGCCACUCGGUUGUUGGAAUAGAGACACAUAGGAUUGAGAUUAUUUGGUUUUGAUCAUUAGCACAAAUAUGCAUCUUUGUUCUCAUCUAUCUUGGGUCACUAUAUAUAAUUGAGUUGAACUAUCUUUUCUUUCCUACCUAAGGUGGUUGAAGACUAAGGUGGUUGAAGACGAUGUGAGUCGAAGCGUAAUUAAUGUUUUUUUUUUUUUGUUCCAAGUACUUCAUGUUGGAUGUUUUCUUUGGACUUUGAAGAGUAGGCAGAGACAUUGCCUCAUAGCUUUAGCAUUGAAUGAGUAAGAUUUUUCUUUGAAAGCUUAAUUUGCUUCAAGUCCUGAAGUCCUGGCCUGGCCUGGAUGAUUUCUUUUUACUAGAUUUUUGGAUGCGACUGAUCUACGAUUCAAGAAAACAUGGGUGCUUUUAGACACAAGUUUUAAUAUUCUUUGAUUAGGAAGGUAUUCAGAGAUCACAUAAUCACCGGCUGAAUUCAAGCAAGCAUGCAUGAUUAUGAUUGAUUAAGCCAGUGCUCUUAACACGUAUAACGGCGUUACUCUUUUUGCCGGGGCCUUUGGUGUUAGAAAGCAUGAUAGAGUGGUCUAAUCACAGACGCAGCUACACGCUUACGUCUGGGCCGUCGAAUUAACCAUUGAGUAGGCCACGUCUACUGACGUGGAAGGCUGAGAUGCAACGGGACUAAUUUUCAGGAGCCAAAGGGGGAAUCUUUUGUCUUUGGUUGACCAAUGGGGCUUCUUUACUUGAGAGAAGACGAGAGGGUGGGGUUCCUUCCGUGGCAUAAAAGUCACGCGGUUUCGCGGAGCGAAAAGUGGAACCCAAAAUGAAAAGGACAUAAAUUCACA